AUGCGCCACUGGGAGAACUUCACCUGCAUCAAGUUUGUGGAGCGGGAUGCCAAGCUGCAUGCCAACUAUAUAUACUUUACGGUCAAGAAUUGCGGUUGCUGCUCCUUUCUGGGCAAACAUGGCAAUGGUCGUCAGCCCAUUUCCAUAGGACGUAAUUGCGAAAAGUUUGGCAUUAUUAUUCACGAACUGGGCCACACCAUUGGCUUCCAUCAUGAGCAUGCCCGUGGAGAUAGGGACAAACACAUCAUCAUUAACAAGGCCAAUAUAAUGAGAGGCCAGGAGUACAACUUCGAUGUCCUGUCGCCCGAGGAGGUGGAUCUGCCCCUGCUACCUUACGACUACAACUCCAUCAUGCAUUAUGCCAAGAACUCGUUCUCCAAGAGCUCCUACCUGGACACCAUCACGCCCAUUGGAAUACCACAAGGCACCCAUGUCGAGUUGGGACAACGAAGGCGUCUCAGUGAGGGCGACAUUGUCCAGGCCAACUUGCUGUACAAGUGUGCCGCUUGCGGGCGAACUUAUCAGCAGAACUCUGGCUUAAUAGUGGGUCCUCACUUCCUGUAUUCCGGCAAUGGAGUGCUCAGUGAGUUCGAGGGAAGUGGUGAUGCCGGCGAGGCAGGAGAGGAUUCCGAAUUUGAUGCCUCGCUGACCAACUGCGAGUGGCGGAUCACGGCCACAAACGGUGAGAAGGUCAUCCUGCAUCUGCAGCAGCUGCAGCUGAUGAACUCCGAGGAUUGCUCGCAGGAUUACCUGGAGAUCAGGGAUGGGUAUUGGCAUCGCUCGCCGCUGGUGCGACGCCUCUGCGGCAAUGUCAGUGGUGAGGUCAUUCAGACCCAGACAAGCCGCAUGCUCCUCAACUAUGUAAACCGGAAUGCAGCCAAAGGUUAUCGAGGGUUCAAGGCGAGAUUUGAGGUUGUCUGCGGCGGCGAUAUUCUGCUAACCAGAGAUCAGUCCAUAGACUCACCCAACUAUCCCAUGGACUACAUGCCUGACAAGGAGUGCGUGUGGCGCAUCACUGCUCCGGAACACCAUCAGGUGGCCCUGAAAUUCCAAAGCUUCGAACUGGAGAAACGAGAUGGCUGUGCCUACGAUUUUGUAGAGAUUCGAGAUGGCAACAGCAGCGAGUCCAGGCUGAUAGGACGCUUCUGUGGAGACAAGCUGCCGCCCAAUAUAAAAACCCGCAGCCAUCAGAUGUACAUCCGCUUCGUGUCCGAUGGAUCUGUGCAGAAGCUUGGGUUCUCCGCCGCUCUUAUGCUUGAUGUGGACGAGUGCCGCUUCAUGGAUCAUGGCUGCCAGCACGUUUGCAUCAAUACUUUGGGUAGCUACCAGUGCGGCUGCCAUGCCGGCUACGAACUCCAAGCCAAUGGCAGGACCUGCGAGGAUGCUUGCGGCGGUGUCGUUGAUGCCACCAAGUCAAAUGGUUCUCUGUACUCACCCUCGUAUCCGGAUAUGUAUCCCAAUGCCAAGCAGUGUGUGUGGGAGGUGGUGGCUCCGCCAAAUCACGCCGUCUUCCUGAACUUCACCCACUUUGACCUGGAGGGCACAAGGUUUCAGUACACCAAAUGCAACUAUGAUUACCUCAUCAUCUACUCAAAGCUGAGAGACAAUCGGCUGAAGAAGAUUGGAAUCUUUUGCGGUAACGAUCUGCCGCCGGUGGUUAACUCGGAGCAGAGUGUCCUAAGGCUGGAGUUCCAUUCGGAUCGGACAGUGCAGAGGAGUGGCUUUGUGGCCCAGUUUGUGAUAGAUGCGGACGAGUGCUCGGUCAAUAAUGGUGGGUGCCAGCAUAGAUGUCGGAAUACCUUCGGAUCGUAUCAGUGCAGCUGCCGUAACGGAUAUACGCUGGCCGAUAAUGGCCACAACUGCACGGAGACACGAUGCAAGUUCGAGAUCACAACCUCGUAUGGAGUGUUGCAGAGCCCCAACUACCCUGAGGACUAUCCGCGCAACAUCUACUGCUACUGGCACUUCCAGACCGUCCUCGGUCACCGCAUCCAGCUGACGUUUCACGACUUUGCCGUGGAGAACCACCAGGAGUGCAUCUACGACUACGUGGCCAUCUACGAUGGUCGCUCGGAGAACAGCUCCACGCUGGGCAUAUACUGUGGCGGUCGGGAGCCGUAUGAUGUGAUUGCCUCCACCAAUGAGAUGUUCAUGGUCUUGGCCUCGGAUGCAGGACUGCAGCGGCGCGGCUUCAAGGCCACCUUUGUCUCCGAGUGCGGGGGCUAUCUGCGGGCCACGAAUCACUCACAGACUUUCUAUUCACAUCCGCGCUACGGCAGCAGGCCAUACAAGCGGAACAUGUAUUGUGACUGGCGCAUCCAGGCGGACCCUGAGAGCAGUGUUAAGAUCCGCUUCCUGCACUUUGACAUCGAGUACUCGGAGUCCUGCGACUUUGACUACCUGGAGGUCACUGAAGAGGGCUACUCUAUGAAUACCAUUCACGGCCGCUUCUGUGGCAAGCGGAAGCCCCCCAUUAUAAUCUCCAACUCGGACACGCUGCUGAUACGCUUCCACACCGACGAAAGCAACUCGUUACGAGGCUUUGCCAUUGCCUUCAUGGCCGUCGAUCCACCGGAGGACUCUGCGGGCGAAGACUUCGACGCUGUUACGCCGUUUCCGGGCUACCUCAAGAGCAUGUACUCCUCGGAGACGGCCAGCGACAGCCUGUCCCGUGCUCACCUGCUGCCGCCGAGCAGACUGAUGUGAGUGCAUAGUGGUUGGAUUAUUCUGCUUUCUGUUUGUUGUUGAAAUUUGUAAAUAAAUUGUGAAUAAAAUCUCCCUUUUAAAUAACUUUUUCAGCUUUUGAAUUUAAAUCGAGCGCCAAUUCAAUUGGCGGUUAUUUUAUGAAACUUAUUAUAGUUUACGGUCAUAUUGCACAGGCGGUAUAUUUUAGUAUUUUUUUGCAAGCGCUGUGGCAGCACUGACCUGGGAUUUACAUGAAGUUUUUCGAUCUGGCAGCCUUAUC